AUGAUUCUCCCCGGCAGAGUCAUUCUGCUCGUCAGCCUGAUGGCGCUGCUCCUCGUCUCCGGUGUGAUGGCAGGCAACGGCCUACAUGCUCUACGCUACGUCAAGCGGCAUGAGGACGACAGCAGACGGCCACCAGUCGAGUUCGCUGCUCCUCGCGAUGCCGACCCCGUCCUGGUCGAGAGUCAGUACAAUCAGUUUGCCGCCGCGCCGGCUCAGCUUGGAGACUCGAAGAAGCACAGCGAGGCCAAGAUGAGUCGUAAGAAGCUCGUUCGUUGGAUGCACAAGCUCGGGCUGCAUCCGAACAAGCAUCAGACGGAUUCACUGUACCGCUGGAUCGAUCGUAAGCAAUAUCAUCACAAACAUCAUGGCGAGCAUCACAAGAAGCAACACCACGGUACGAAGGGCGGAGAUGAAAAGAGCGGGUCUGGUCAAGAAUACGGAGGUAAACCUGCUUGGGUGGAAGUCGGUGUAAGCGACAGUGAGAAGCUGGGAAAUCGUGGAGGAGGGAUGCACGGUGUUGGAAUCUUACCACCUGGUACGCCGAGGCUCGGGAGCACGAGGAGCUGGGGAGAUGAAUCGUCGAUGCCGCGCACGACGGUGAAAGAGGCACCUGCAGCUGCGGCGGUUGCCCCACUCCCUGAACCCGUAAACGCAAUCCCAGUCCGAACGACGUCUCCGUACGAUCAAUAUCCGACCGACAGCGCAUCGUCUUCGUCAUCCUCAGUCAAGGCCCCUCUCCCUGCAGGCGGAGUUCACCCUCCCGAUCACGAUAGAAACAAGUUCAGCCCUUUCACCAUUCUCCCCUCCACCGCACCUUCGUCGUCGUCAUCAUCAUCGUCAUCGUCAUCGUCACUGUCGCUGGGCAGCGGAACCAGUGGAUCGCUCAACCCCAGCUCCACUCCCCCGCCUCCCCUUCCCUCCACCGCCACUGCCGAUACCCCGCCCAGCAAAUUAAACGAUGGAGGAGACGCCCGGCUCGCCUCGCUCGCUACGUCCUCUAACAGCAGCGGCCAGCUCAUCGCCGGCGUUCCCAUCGCCAAAGACGACGGCGAUCUGAAAAAUCCUCAGCCUCGCAUUGGUACGAACUCAAGCCAGACGGCAAGUACAUCCGGCGCAAGGAGCGCCGCUACAGUGACGAAUGCGUUGGAGGCGGGCGGAUGGACUGCAAAUACGUUGGUGACUGCGGGAACGGUCGUUGUGAUUCUGCUGUUUGCCGUUUAG